AUGGAAAAACAAGACCUUGAAAACUUGAAGUCAGAGCUGAAACAAGAGAGAGAAGCUCUAGGUAAGGUGAAUGAGAUGAUGAAAAAAGAGAAACUGGACUUGGAGUUGAUGAGGUCUGGCAUGCAGAAGCAGAUCAGUACAUUAGAGCAAGAUAAACAAGAAGAAGUAGAACUGAAGGAACCCAUGAUCACAAGACUGAUACAAGAACAAAAAAACAGUGAGACCAUUGCAAUGCCAGAAAGACAAGAACUUGAACUCCUGAGAAAGGAUCUGAACAAGAAAGAGGAGGAAGUUGAAGCUGUCAUGAACAGCAUCACUGGAGAGAGAGAGCAACUCAGUCAGAUGAAGAUGGACAUCGAGAAAGAGAAAGAAAUACUUCUCAAUGAGAAAAAAGGAUGGAAGCAAAUGUUUGUGAUGGAAAAACAAGAACUUGAAAACUUGAAGGCAGCACUGAAACAAGACAGAGAGGAUCUAGAUCAAAUGAAUGAGAUGUUGAAGAAAGAGAAGCUGGGAUUGGAGCUGAUGAGGUCUGAAAUCCAGAAGCAGAUUAAUGAAUUAGAACAAGAUAAAGAUGAUGAAGUACAAUUAAAGGAACCCAAGAUCACAAGACUGACACAAGAACAGCAAACCAGUGAUAACAUUGUACUGACAGAAAGAGAAGAAGUGGAACUUUUGAAGAAGGAUCUCAACAAGAAAAAGGAAGAAGUUGAAAUUGCCAUGAACAGCAUCAGGGGAGAGCGAGAACAACUCAGUCAGAUGAAUAUGGGCAUUGAGAGACAGAAAGAACUACUUUUCAAUGAGAAAGAAGAAUGGAAGAGAACAUUUGGGAUGGAAAAACAACACCUUGAAAACUUGAAGGCAGCGCUGAUUCAAGACAGAGAGGAUCUGGAUAGAAUGAAUGAGAUGAUGAGAAAAGAGAAGCUGGAAUUGGAGCUGAUGAGGUCUGAUAUUCCAAAGGAGAUUAGGACAUUAGAACAAGAUAAAGAUGAAGAACAACAACUGAAGGAACCCAAGAUCACAAGACUGACACAAGAACAACUAACCAGUGAGACCAUUGUACUAACAGAAAGAGAAGAAGUGGAACUUUUGAAGAAGGAUCUCAACAAGAAAAAGGAAGAAGUUGAAAUUGCCAUGAACAGCAUCAGGGGAGAGAGAGAACAACUCAGUCAGAUGAAUAUGGGCAUUGAGAGACAGAAAGAACUACUUUUCAAUGAGAAAGAAGAAUGGAAGAGAACAUUUGGGAUGGAAAAACAAGACCUUGAAAACUUGAAGGCAGCGCUGAUUCAAGACAGAGAGGAUCUGGAUAGAAUGAAUGAGAUGAUGAGAAAAGAGAAGCUGGAAUUGGAGCUGAUGAGGUCUGAUAUUCCAAAGGAGAUUAGGACAUUAGAACAAGAUAAAGAUGAAGAAAAACAACUGAAGGAACCCAAGAUCACAAGACUGACACAAGAACAACUAACCAGUGAGACCAUUGUACUAACAGACAGAGAAGAAGUGGAACUUUUGAAGAAGGAUCUCAACAAGAAAAAGGAAGAAGUUGAAAUUGCCAUGAACAGCAUCAGGGGAGAGAGAGAACAACUCAGUCAGAUGAAUAUGGGCAUUGAGAGACAGAAAGAACUACUUUUCAAUGAGAAAGAAGAAUGGAAGAGAACAUUUGGGAUGGAAAAACAACACCUUGAAAACUUGAAGGCAGCGCUGAUUCAAGACAGAGAGGAUCUGGAUAGAAUGAAUGAGAUGAUGAGAAAAGAGAAGCUGGAAUUGGAGCUGAUGAGGUCUGAUAUUCCAAAGGAGAUUAGGACAUUAGAACAAGAUAAAGAUGAAGAAAAACAACUGAAGGAACCCAAGAUCACAAGACUGACACAAGAACAACUAACCAGUGAGACCAUUGUACUAACAGACAGAGAAGAAGUGGAACUUUUGAAGAAGGAUCUCAACAAGAAAAAGGAAGAAGUUGAAAUUGCCAUGAACAGCAUCAGGGGAGAGAGAGAACAACUCAGUCAGAUGAAUAUGGGCAUUGAGAGACAGAAAGAACUACUUUUCAAUGAGAAAGAAGAAUGGAAGAGAACAUUUGGGAUGGAAAAACAACACCUUGAAAACUUGAAGGCAGCGCUGAUUCAAGACAGAGAGGAUCUGGAUAGAAUGAAUGAGAUGAUGAGAAAAGAGAAGCUGGAAUUGGAGCUGAUGAGGUCUGAUAUUCCAAAGGAGAUUAGGACAUUAGAACAAGAUAAAGAUGAAGAACAACAACUGAAGGAACCCAAGAUCACAAGACUGACACAAGAACAACUAACCAGUGAGACCAUUGUACUGACAGAAAGAGAAGAAGUGGAACUUUUGAAGAAGGAUAUCAACAAGAAAAAGGAAGAAGUUGAAAUUGAACAAGAUAAAGAUGAAGAAGAACAACUGACGGAACCCAAGAUCACAAGACUGACACAAGAACAACUAACCAGUGAGACCAUUGUACAAACAGAAAGAGAAGAAGUGGAACUUUUGAAGAAGGAUCUCAACAAGAAGAAUGAAGAACUUGAAGCUGCAAUGAAAAUCAUCAGUGGAGAGAGAGAACAACUCAGUCAGAUGAAGAUAGGCAUUGGUAAAGAAGGAUGGAAGCAAAUGUUUGAGAUGGAAAUACAAGAUCUUAAAAACGUUAAAGAUCAGAUGACACAAGAGAAAGAUGAUCUGGAUAGGGUGAAGGAAAUGAUAAAGAAGGAAAAACUGGACUUGGAUCUGAAGAUGUCUGACAUCCUCAAACAAACUGACUUAUUACAACGAGAUAAAGAAAAUAUGAAAGACGAGAAAGACAAGUUAGAAAUCACAAAGGCUGAGCUUCAGAAGAAGAAAGAACAUGUUCAGACAGCAAGAGAUCAACUGGAAAACGUCAGGAACAUUAUUGCUUUAAAACAAAAAGAACAAGAAGUCAAAGAUGGUGAGAUCAAAACAAAAGAAGAAGAACUUCAAACCAGUAAGAACACCAUACUGGCAGAAAGAGAAGAACUUGAACUGUUGAAGAAGGAUCUGAACAAGAAGAAGGAAGAAGUUGAAGCUGCCAUGAACAGCAUCUGUGGAGAAAAAGAAAUAAUCAGUCAGAAGAAUACAGACAUAGAAAAGGAGAAAGAAAUACUUAUCAAUGAGAAAGAAGGAUGGAAGAAAACAUUUGAGAUGGAAAAACAAGAUCUUGAAAACUUUAAAGAUCAGAUGACACAAGAGAAAGAGGAUCUGGAUAGAUUCAAUGAGAAGAUGAAGAAAGAGAAACUGGACUUGGAGUUGAUGAGGUCUGACAUCCUCAAACAAACUGACUUAUUACAACGAGAUGAAGCAGAUAUCAAAAACCAAAAAGACAAGUUAGAAAUGACAAAGGCUGAGCUUCAAAAGAAGAAAGAGCAUGCUGACAGUCUGUUUGAUGAGAUAAACAGAGAGAAAACCAACAUUAAAGAUCUGACCCUUCAGGUUCAGACAGCAAGAGACCAACUGGAAAACAUGGAAAAACAAGAUCUUGAAAACUUGAAAGAUCAGAUGACACAAGAGAAAGAGGAUCUGGAUAGAUUCAAUGAGAAGAUGAAGAAAGAGAAACUGGACUUGGAGUUGAUGAGGUCUGACAUCCUCAAACAAACUGACUUAUUACAACGAGAUAAAGAAGAUAUGAAAGACCAAAAAGACAAGUUAGAAAUGACAAAGGCUGAGCUUCAAAAGAAGAAAGAGCAUGCUGACAGUCUGUUUGAUGAGAUAAACAGAGAGAAAACCAACAUUAAAGAUCUGACCCUUCAGGUUCAGACAGCAAGAGACCAACUGGAAAACGUCAGGAACAUUAUUGCUUUAAAACAAAAAGAACAAGAAGUCAAAGAUGGUGAGAUCAAAACAAAAGAAGAAGAACUUCAAACCAGUAAGAACACCAUACUGGCAGAAAGAGAAGAACUUGAACUGUUGAAGAAGGAUCUGAACAAGAAGAAGGAAGAAGUUGAAGCUGCCAUGAACAGCAUCUGUGGAGAAAAAGAAAUAAUCAGUCAGAAGAAUACAGACAUAGAAAAGGAGAAAGAAAUACUUAUCAAUGAGAAAGAAGGAUGGAAGAAAACAUUUGAGAUGGAAAAACAAGAUCUGGAAAACUUUAAAGAUCAGAUGACACAAGAGAAAGAGGAUCUGGAUAGAUUCAAUGAGAAGAUGAAGAAAGAGAAACUGGACUUGGAGUUGAUGAGGUCUGACAUCCUCAAACAAACUGACUUAUUACAACGAGAUAAAGAAGAUAUGAAAGACCAAAAAGACAAGUUAGAAAUGACAAAGGCUGAGCUUCAAAAGAAGAGAGAGCAUGCUGACAGUCUGUUUGAUGAGAUAAACAGAGAGAAAACCAACAUUAAAGAUCUGACCCUUCAGGUUCAGACAGCAAGAGACCAACUGGAAAAUGUCAUGAACAUUUUUGCAGCGCUGAUUCAAGACAGAGAGGAUCUGGAUAGAAUGAAUGAGAUGAUGAGAAAAGAGAAGCUGGAAUUGGAGCUGAUGAGGUCUGAUAUUCCAAAGGAGAUUAGGACAUUAGAACAAGAUAAAGAUGAAGAACAACAACUGAAGGAACCCAAGAUCACAAGACUGACACAAGAACAACUAACCAGUGAGACCAUUGUACUGACAGAAAGAGAAGAAGUGGAACUUUUGAAGAAGGAUCUCAACAAGAAAAAGGAAGAAGUUGAAAUUGCCAUGAACAGCAUCAGGGGAGAGAGAGAACAACUCAGUCAGAUGAAUAUUGGCAUUGAGAGACAGAAAAACAUACUUUUCAAUGAGAAAGAAGAUUGGAAAAGAACAUUUGAGAUUGAAAAACAACACCUUGAAAACUUGAAGGCAGCGCUGAUUCAAGACAGAGAGGAUCUGGAUAGAAUGAAUGAGAUGAUGAGAAAAGAGAAGCUGGAAUUAGAGCUGAUGAGGUCUGAUAUUCCAAAGGAGAUUAGGACAUUAGAACAAGAUAAAGAUGAAGAACAACAACUGAAGGAACCCAAGAUCACAAGACUGACACAAGAACAACUAACCAGUGAGACCAUUGUACUAACAGAAAGAGAAGAAGUGGAACUUUUGAAGAAGGAUCUCAACAAGAAAAAGGAAGAAGUUGAAAUUGCCAUGAACAGCAUCAGGGGAGAGAGAGAACAACUCAGCAGCGCUGAUUCAAGACAGAGAGGAUCUGGAUAG